AUGGCUGGACCAGAAGAACCACUGGAGUGUAGAGGACCAUCAGCAGGGGAAUUAAACUUACCAGCCACACUCUUGGUUCAAGACGUCGUCGAAGAAGCUUACCAGCCACACUCUUGGUUCAAGACGUCGUCGAAGAAGCUUACCAGCCACACUCUUGGUUCAAGACGUCGUCGAAGAAGCUUACCAGCCACACUCUUGGUUCAAGACGUCGUCGAAGAAGCUUACCAGCCACACUCUUGGUUCAAGACGUCGUCGAAGAAGCUAACCAUGCCACCCUUCACACAAGUGGUCGUGUGUACAUACUCGGUAACAUUAACAGCACUUGCAGCAGUAACAAUUAUACAAGAUGUAAUCAGAACAGGAACAGCAGUGUUACAGGCAGUAACAAUGGAAGUAACAGCAAUAGAAGAGGGAGUAACAACACUAUCCACAGCUGUUUCAUCAGUAGCCACAGCUGUUCCAUCAGUAGCCACAGCUGUUCCAUCAGUAGCCACAGCUGUUCCAUCAGUAGCCACAGCACAAAACAGCAAGCUCCAGAGCACAAAACAGCAAGAUCCACAGCACAACACAGCAAGCUCCACAGCACAACACAGCAAGAUCCACAGCACAAAACAGCAAGAUCCACAGCACAACACAGCAAGCUCCACAGCACAAAACAGCAAGAUCCACAGCACAAAACAGCAAGAUCCACAGCACAAAACAGCAAGAUCCACAGCACAACACAGCAAGAUCCACAGCACAAAACAGCAAGAUCCACAGCACAACACAGCAAGCUCCACAGCACAAAACAGCAAGAUCCACAGCACAAAACAGCAAGAUCCACAGCACAAAACAGCAAGAUCCACAGCACAACACAGCAAGCUCCACAGCACAAAACAGCAAGAUCCACAGCACAAAACAGCAAGAUCCACAGCACAAAACAGCAAGAUCCACAGCACAACACAGCAAGAUCCACAGCACAAAACAGCAAGAUCCACAGCACAAAACAGCAAGAUCCACAGCACAAAACAGCAAUAUAGAAGCCGCAUUAACCUCACACAGAAGCAGCAAGGGCACGAGCCACAGCAGCAGCAGCAGCAGCAGCAACAACAAGAGGAGUGA